GGUCUAUUUGUCAACAAUUAUGGAUGAACCAUUUAAUGAAACAACUAAUGACUCUACUAAUUUAUCAUCUGAAAACAAUCAACUUGAUGUUAAAUCAUCAAUAACGGAUGGGCCUUACAAGAAUGAGACUCUUGAAAAGUUUAUUACUCUUUGUCGAUCUCGCCUGACUGACACGCCAAAUCGUCGUAAAAAAAGGUAUUCUAGUUUGCGUCGAGCCGUUUCUCGUUACAAUCAAUCCCGUCAUUGGAAUCAAGCUACUUUUGAUAAUCUGAUUAAAAAGUUCAGUUGCUUGAUGGAACUCGAUAUUGAGCAUGAACAAGCAAAAUGAAAUUUACAGUGAGUUAUUGAAAGAAUUGGCUUCACACACAGGACGCAGUUGUUCUGGAAGAUGUCGUAAGAAGAAAAAGAGCAAAACUGAGAC